GCGACCGUCCCCUCGCAGAACAGAACAGAGCGGGCCGAAAGCCACUCGGACGAACGUACACUCGAGCCCACCAGAAGAGUUGAAAGGAAAGGAAAGGAAAGGGAAAGGAAAGCGAAGGAAAGGGGGAGGAAAGAGAGCAAGGAAAGAAAGGAGAAGAGGACAACGAGAGCAAGAGAGAAAGAGAGCAAAGAGUGAGAGAGAGGGAAGAGAGGCAGCGAGCUGCAGGGAGCGAGUCAGGCGAAAUCUACAUCAAGCAACGACUGCGGCCCCCGCUCUCUGCCUGCUCGUGGCCUGCCUGCCCUGCCCUGCCUGUCCUGCCCUGCCCUGCGCUGCUCUGCGCUGCUCUGCACUGGCUUGACUGGACUGAACUGAACUGGACUGGACUGGACUGGACUAGGAGCUCUCUCUCUCUCGGCUGUCUGCUCGGGGGCGCAGCGGCGAUUUUGCUUCGUCGUCCGCUUUGACGAGGAAAGGAGGACAAGGACGAGGACGAGGAGGAGGUGGUGGUGGUGGUGGUGGUGCAAAUAGAGUGGGUUCAGAAGGACGGGCUGGCGAGAGCGGGCUACCUUCACGCAGGACCCGAGAGGGCCGUGGCGUGAGGUGCUGAGAUUUGAGGAAUAUUGUGUAUGUCCGGAGGCGGAGCGAGCAGCGCGUAGGCGGUGGUCUUUGCUUCAGGCGCCAGCUUCCCGAUCGAAUCAUGGGAUUACGUGACAAGCAAUGGACCACGGCUUUGACGAUUUCGGCUGCCGCUGCAGGAAUUUCGCUCGUCGCCUAUAAGGUGUAUAGACGAGGUUCUAGAGGCAAGCAAACCCUCUAUUCGCUGCAAUAUGCAGGAUCUCGGGGCUCCUUACCUGCCCUUUACGAGCACACCCUAAGUCCUGUAUACUCAAAAGCGGGUGGCUCCCCCAAGGUUUACUGUAUUGGGGGUCAUGGAACCAGCGCCGAGCAUUUGGAAGUUUGGGUUCUUGAUUCAGCGCUGAAUAAAUGGACAGAAAUCUUGCCAGCCAGCACCCAUGACACCGGGGCAUCUGUAUUUGUCAAGCGCUUCCGUCAUGCCGCUGCUGGAGUUGGAAACGCUAUAUAUGUUUUUGGAGGAUACACAAGUAAAACCAUGGGCGACGUGCUGAAGUUCGAUACGGAAAAAGAGCAAUGGAGCACUCCUUCCUUCAUUGGGCAACUUCCUUCACCUCGAUCGGCACAUACAGCCACUGUUGUGGGCAAGAAAGUUGUUGUAUUUGGUGGUUCUGGGGAAGAAUCUUCACUUAACGACGUACACAUUCUUGACACGGUUACAAACACAUGGACAUCACCCACAGUCAUAGGACUUCCACCGUCACCUCGUUGUUUCCACUCCGCUGUUUUGUUAAAUGAAGAGCGGAUUGUUAUAUACGGAGGAUACACCAGUACUGCUGAGAGCGAUAUUUGGUUUCUUGAGGUUGACACGCCAUAUGUGAAAGCUCAACGGGAAUCGUUGGGUAAGGAGGUGGUGGCCUGGAGCAAGGGUGUACUGGGCAAUUCUCCACAACCAGUUGUUAUUUGUGGACCAUCAGGCGUCGGGAAGGGCACUCUCAUUGGUAAGCUGAUGAAGGACUUCCCUACUGAAUUUGGCUUCUCUGUCAGCCACACAACUCGUCAACCCAGAAACAUGGAGAGAGCUGGUGUUCACUAUCACUUUACUGAGCGACCGAUGAUGGAAGCAGCAAUCAAGGAGGGUAAGUUCCUUGAGUCCGCGGACGUUCACGGAAAUUUGUACGGGACAAGUAUUCUCGCCGUGGAAGCUGUUGCGGACGCAGGCAAGAGAUGUAUACUUGAUAUCGAUGUGCAAGGUGCUGAGUUGGUGAAAAAAAGUACACUCAAUGCACUGUUUAUUUUCAUCAGUCCACCAUCGUUUCAAGAGCUCGAAGCACGUCUGCGAGGAAGAGGCACAGAAACCGAGGACCAAAUCCAGAAAAGAUUGAAGAACGCCAAAAUUGAGAUGGAUCGUAGUACAGAUACUACCCUCUUUGAUCACCUAGUGAUCAACGAUAACAUCGACGUCGCUUAUGAGCAGCUCAAGAAAAUUAUGGGACUAGACAAUGCAGCCACUUCGAAUGGCUGUCAUAAAAGGGAGGAGUUGCAACCGGAUGGUCGGUCUGGUCAUUCAUCUUCCGUGGUGAACUCCAAAGUUCUUGUAUACGGAGGGCUAACAGAUGGAGGACGGACAACCAAUGAGAUGCUCAUUUUGGAUACUUCGAAGCUGACAAACGGAGCGCCGGGAACGACCCGAGGAUUGGCUUGGUCAAGCGCUGUGCCCAAGUGUGAUGCGAGAAAAUACUUAUACCUUUCGCCAACCUUGUCACCGAGAUACAACCACAGGGUUGUGUCUCUGAGCCCCACGGAAAUUUUGCUGUCAGGGGGCUUCGAUGGCAAGCAGGCAUUGAAUGAUAGUGUGAUAUUGAAAGUAGACGAAAGACUAUAGCCGGAUCAUGUGAUUUGAAUAAUUUAUCUUUCUCAGGUUAAGGGCAACGAGGCCUUUUCCACCGAUUCGAUUGAUUGCAGCAGAAAUUCAUUUAUUUGUGCUGCCGGUAUAGAAAUGAGAGCCUGGGUCUGUGCAGGUGACCUGCAUUGUUCUCGGAAAUUUUGUGCUGAGAGACCUCUAUUGAGGGCAUAGAUAAUCUCCUUUCAGGUCACCGAAUCAACAAUGAGAUUUAACUACUGUUGGUCCGCACCUCCAACUAGUUACUCUUAGUUGCUGGGUACACUGGCAAACCUGACGGCAAGUGAGAGACAUACGACCAUUCAUGUACGCUUGCUGUGGUCAUCAUUCUACCACAGCACGUACAGGUCAGCCUGAAUCCUUGUAAAGCAUAGUAGUAACUAGUUGUCGCACUUGUCUGUGACAACUGCAAAAUUUUGAAAAGUAUAGCUCCGAUGGGCCACAUGACUGGUCACUGCUUUACUCAAAGGAGUAAUUUUAGUUUUAUACUCACCGAAAUAAAAGCGCACACUGUUUU